AAGGUAAGCCGCCACUUUAAAGUGUAACAUCAUAGAUGGUAAGCUUGUUCCCAAUCUUGGCGACAUUACUAUUGGUGCUUCACUGCAUUCAACAACAAAAUAAAUGUACCAAUGUGACAUGUUUAAAGAAUAAAUAUGUACAAAUGUCUAUCGUAACAACGUCCAGUGUUAGUACGGACAGGGUGGAAAUUAGUGAAUAUAUAUUCGACAAUCGUGUGUAUUUCUUAAAGUGAUUCAUGGUUCUCCAACUAACUGAGUAAUCUCCCAGGGAGUUGUCGUCCUGUCAUUUCGAAAGUCUCUAAAUGCUAUUGGUUUUGUAUUUUAUGUAGAACAAAAUACUUCACAUACAUAUGAAGUAAACACUCGCCAAAAUGACGGUAGCUGUACAACUAAAUAACCUAGUCUGGGGAACACAACUUCAAAAGUACUCACUCGAUGUGCAGAGUUUCCUCGUUACUAUGAAGUGAAGCGCCAUCACAUAGUUUUGGUGUUUGCUUGGUAGGUAAUUAGUGAUAUAUUUCAAAACUUCUUAAGACCCAGACACUGUAUUGAUCACUAAACUUUCAUCUAAUUUAUCAGAUCGCUGCGAUGUUGUUAUGUUACAUGAAUACUCUGACUACGUGACACUAUAUGAACAUCCCGUUUAUGGUAAUCGCUAAUUGUCGAAAAAAUCACUGCUUUUCCUUCCACAGCCUCUGCAGAUACAUUAAAAUCCAAUAGUGCAAAUCAUAAACUUCCUACAUCUUUGUUGUAGGCUCUGUUUCUAAAUUGGCAAAGGUUAACUAUAGAUCGCUGUGACUUAAUUAUUACCGUAACUUCUCAUAUUAGCUCCAGUGCAUGGUAUUUUCAUAAUGCUGAACGAUUGAGAAACAUUUAGCUUUUCUCUGUGACAUUGUUCUGGUCCGGAUUAUGUUCUUGCAGCUCAGAUACAUAUAUCCAAACUUUCAUGGCAUCGGUUUUGAAAUAAAUAUAUUAUAAACGCUCACAAUUCUGCCAAAAUAGUUACCAACCAUAACUUCGGGACGUUAGUUAUCCCUAACCACCAUCUAGUUCUAUGUCCUAUGUUGCCUAAUAUAGAACUGUGUUAAGAAAACUUAAAAGUAAGCAAAUUAAGACAUCAUGCCGAUCUGUGAAGUCACUGAAUUCCAGUUGGAACGGUAUGAGUAGGUACAGAAUACUUAAGUGUAGUCUAUCCAAUGCUUGUAAUCAAUAACUGGACGACAUGGCUGUACUUGUUUUCCGAUUUUCCGUUCUUCGCUUUCAUUUUGAACUGUGUUUCAAUGUCCAGAUUUCUAUUAACUUCAAUAUUAUUUUCCAGUCUUUCCUUUUCACCUUGUUGAAUCCCUCUUUCUAAACUGAUGGAGUGUGAUGACUUAAAUUCAUGUCAGAUCCUACGUUCAUAAUGGUUGACAAAUUAUCUGAUAACUCCUACAUCGUCCUCUUAAUUUCGUAGACAACACCCGCGCUACAAGAAGGAAGUGAGUAGGACUUCCCUGACAAUGGCUGUAUACACGUGGCCAUGUGAGAGCACUGCGAGGAGAGCUGAUUCUCCCCACCCUCAGUUGUACCAGGGCAUCUAGGGGCUCUGUAAGUUAGCGAACAAGUAAUUUUGAAAUCUAUAUUUUCGGCGUUAUUUCUAUGCGAUGCUGUCAUACGAUGAAAGUUUCAUGGUCUUGUACUAGAAAUACGGUCCACAUGAUUAGAUACUCCGAUAAAUACCUGCUUGUUAUCGUGUUUAGAAUUUUUUAAAGUUUAAUAUAGAUAUCCAAACUGAAGGAGAAUAUUCAUAAACAUUAGAUAAUGAGCUAUGUCACAUAAUAAAGCUACACUGUUCAGAAUUUACAAAAUGUAGAUAAAUGUUCGUUUUCAUGAAGAUCGAUGUACAGCUUAAUUCGAAAUGAAUAUGUAUUAUUAGGGAACUUUUGAACGUGAUAUUGUAACUAGUAGUAUCUUUGGAUGGUUAAAUAAUGUGUUACCUAUGUUUAUGGGAUACUUCGUACAGAUAUACACAAAUAAAAAUGUGUGAUAUUAAAGCUACUUUAGAAGAUGGAGGACCCAAACUAUUAGUGCUUGUGCGGCCGCGUCUGGAAAGAAAAGUGAUUUAUGAACCCGUCCAGGUCACUGAUCACUGCAUGGGUAUAACGUAAUACGUUGUUUCACUAUCUUGUCAAUUAUAUUUCCUAGUCCAAAGUUUGACAGGAGAGACCUUAGGACAACCACAUGUGUCGGUUUUUGGUCCGGGAAAUUAUCAUAGCCGUCGUACUGUUUCUAGUCCACUAUUAACUACUGUAUACUGUUACUUGGCGAAUAUUUUGGUUUUAACAUAUUUUCGAAUAAUAACUACAUGAUGGUCGUUGAUUUAUAAACCGGGUAAGACGGUUUGAAAAUCGGUAGUUAACCUGCCAAGUCUUCCGACGUUUUGGGAGAUAUAACCUUCGCAAACAUCGACCUAUGAAUGAUAAUUAUAAAAGCGCGACAUCAGUUAACCUUGCUCAAAUACCAAGAGUUAACUCAUUUUAAAAAUUUUGUUGUUACUUAUCGCUUUGCACUGUAUGUGGAACAACUCAGCACAGCAUCAUAAGAUGGUGUAUGAUAAGAAGCGAGUAAAGAAGAAAUAGACAUUUUAAAUCAGUCACUGAAGUAGAAUUUUUUUCACUCCGAACUUCGAUUUACGCUGCUGCGAAAUCAGAACAACCUUAUCCGAUGACCUAUUCUGUUGUUUAACUAGUCAGUACAAACUAUCUAGUUUCUUUUUCAUUGUAGUUUUGUAUUACAUAAAAAUUUUCAUGUAAAGUGGUAUUUUUUUAGUAAUAGGCCAGGCUGAAACCAGGCUUUGUCUUUCGAAAUUUGGCGACUCUGUGGGAUAUUAGGUUCUGGGGGCACCUAUUGUAUAUUGUUGUUAAUGUUUUUUGGACACAAAAAAAGUAAGUAAGGGAAUAAAAGUUUCGUUCCUCUAGAGAAGCUGAAGCUAUAGCUGUUGAGUUCCUGAAUGCUCAUAAAAAAUAGGUAAAGAUAGGUUACUGUAGAAAGGAUUUUGAACGGAUAUCUGAAGACAAGAUAGGUGCUCACUAGGAUUGCUUUUUAAAAAGUUAUAUGCUUAUAAACAAAGUGAUAAGUGAAAAACAAAAAUAACUAGAUGCUAUAGGGGAUCGAGGAAAUCGAUCCUGUGGGUCUCUCACUCUCUUGUAAAUCGAAACCUGGCUGUUAGGCCCAAUAUAUAUUUCAGUUUGAAUUUCUGUUAUGACUUUUUCUAAGGGUUUAAAGUGAAUUGAUAUCGAGAAAAGAAAUUCAAAAAUACUUUAUAGAUUCCUCUUAAUUUGAAUAAGUAUGACUAUUGUCAGGUUUUCUUCAAACAUUAGUAUUUUGCUAGAUAAAUUUCACUGUUGAUAUAAUUGCUAUUCCUUACGAAAGAUGUACAGGAUCUUAUUAUUUUUGUGUUAUUUAUUAUACUGUGUUUACAUUCAGUUGAAACGUCAAGCCAGAUUACGCAGAGAAUUUAUUUACAGAAGAUCGAUUGAAGUUCGAGAUGCUGAAAACGAAAAGAAGAAAAAGAUGUUAAAAGUUGCUUUAGCUGAAGGGAAAGUGCUACCUAAAGAAAUUCAAGAAGGUGCUUUACAGUUAAAUGAAGAAUUAGACUGGAGUGAUGAUGGCGGUGAAGGUACGAACGUCUGUGUUUUCUAUAUAUGUUCUUAACAAUUCGUUUGUAUUAGGAGUUGCUAAUUAUCAAGAUGAUGAGUAUCUUUGGGCUGGAACUGAAGAUCCGCGCGUUGUUAUCACUACAUCACGUUCUCCUAGUUCAAAACUAAAAGAAUUCGCCAAGGAAUUACGUUUUCUCAUUCCGAAUGCUGCUAAAAUUAAUCGUGGUAACUACUUGAACAAGAAUUUGUUGGAAGCUUGUUUAGCAAAACAGAUUACUGAUAUCGUUAUUGUCAACGAAUCACGCGGCGUCCCAGACACUUUGAUUAUUAGUCAUUUGCCGUUUGGUCCAACUGCUAUAUUCACUUUAUACAAUGUACGCACACGUCAUGAUAUGGAGACUAUGGGUUGUGGCACCGGAGCGAAAAUGCCUCAGACAUAUCCUAAUCAUAUAUUUAAGGGAUUAAAUUCCAAAUUAGGUCAACGUGUUCGUUGUAUAUUGAAACAUUUAUUUCCUGUACCGAAAGAUGAUUCUAAACGUGUGGUUACAUGGUACGAGGAGGAUGAUGUCAUAUGUUUCAGACACCACACAUAUAAAUAUAUGGAUAAAAAAUUGGAACUAACUGAACAUGGGCCUUCAUUCGAUUUACGUUUGUAUAAAAUUUGGCGUGGACCGUUACAUGAAGAAGCCACAGCGGAUAUUGAGUGGGUUUAUCGACCGUAUAUGAAUACCACUUUUAAAAGACGAUUUUUAUCAGAACCACCAUCUCCUUGAACCUUAUUAUGUAAA